AUGUACCGGAAGCUCGGUGAGGUGGCCAGCCGGCGCGAGGUCUACGACUUGCAGAUGGAGCUGCGGAAGUUGAAAGAUCGUCAGCUCCAAGAGCGCAUCUUCCACAAGUUCAAGUGCCAAGCUAUGCGCCAGCGCUUCGAACGGAAGGUGCGGGAGCAGGAGGCGACCCUCGAAUCGAAUUCCUCCCUCUUGAAACACUUGGCCGAGAUCUCGCGGAGCGAAGCUGCUGCAGCAAACGACUUCGUCAGAGGCGCGCAGGAAGUCUCCGAUGCUGAAAAACGCACAGAGGACGAGUUGGGCCCGGUGACCGACUCCAACGCCGAGCAAAAGCGGCGGCUGGUCAAGUGGAAAAAGAACAAGAGCAAGCAGCUCUACCACAUGAAGAAAGGUGUUCGAGAUCAUGAGAUGGCAGGAACAAUGGAUGUGGCAUCCUUGCUCCAGGAAAUCCAGUCCAAGCAGGAGCUGGUGAAGAUCUUGCAACAAAGUCAGAAAGAGUUUGACCAAGAGGUGGUGCGCGCCAGUCGCCACAGCGCUGCCAAGACCGCGAAUGUCCGUGCCGCCAUGAUCGAACAACGACAAGUGAAAGACGAGACGUUACUGGGCACGUGA